UCUCACAUCAUGUUCACACACCACCCCCCUCACAUCUCAUGUGGACAACCCCACCACAAUCACAGACCACAUUCACACCCCCACCACAACGUCACACCCACAGCUGCAGGAAGCUCAUCUCGGAAGCAUUUUGCAAAGAAUCCGGUUACUUAAUAAUGGGAAUUUCCCAGCCCUGGGGCUGUUUCCCGUCAGCCUCCCCCUCAGCCUCCCCCCCGGUCGGAGACAGGAUGGGGUUUCCCGCUCCCCGGCCCGGCCUGCGGGCAAAUCAGCCAAAAAUAAUUUGUGCCGAAUUGGGGGAGGGGGUGAAAAAGUCAGCCAAACGCAGGUUGGAUGUGUCAGGCUGAGUGGGGGGGCAUGCGUGGGAGUGAGCAGAGGCGUGCAGGGUGUCGGUGCAAGUGUGUAAGGCCCGCAGCGUGUGGGUGUGAAUGAAGGCGUAUUGUGUGUGUAUGAGUGAGGGUAUGCAGGAACAAAGGGUGUGACUGUGUUGAUCUGCAGGGUGUGUGUGUGUGUGUGUGUUACCUUUGUGUGUUUGGGUUAGUGUGUGUGUUUUUAAUGGUAUGAGGGUGUCUGUUUACACGGCUGUCAGUGUGUGUGCAGUGCAUCAGUGUGCAUUUGUGUCUGUGUCUCGUGUGUGUACGUGAAUGAGCAGUAGGUGGGGUGUGUGUGUGUGUGUGGCAGGGGGUGACAGUGCCUGUGCAUAGGGACCAGAUAACACCCUGCAGGUGGCAGACAGCGGCUGGGCCGUAUGUACGGUGUAACGCCCGGCCUGUCGGGGGGGCUUUCACCCCAAAGAGAGAGGAGCCGCCCACUCCAGGAACAGCAGGGUCACUAGAUGCCCAGGGACAGUCCUGGUGCCUCUCGGCCAUGGGGCCAGCAGCCUCGCCCCGGACACAGGGAGCCACGAGCGACGACUUGCUGGGACCCCCGGCAGCCCCCUAGGGCUGGUCUUAUUGGGGAUCAGCCCCCACCCCGCCACGGCAAAUCGUCUGCUCAGGGUUAGGGUGUUCUCCGCCCCCCCCCCGGGAACCUCCUCCCUGGCUAGGGGGUGGGAUUAGGGUGUUCUCACUUCCCCCUCUCCCCCCCGAGCCUCCUCCCUUGCUGGGGGAGACGGGGCAGAUGGAACAGCCCAGCCCAGUCCGUCUGUGCCUGGACUCUCCCCAGAGAAGCUGCAGGAUCCUCGUUCCCAUGGACGGGCCUCACUGGACCCUGGCCGUGAACGCCUCGGCGCUGCCCCCCAACGAGACGGGCUGCGGGGAACAGGCCGACUUCCAGUACGUGCUGUUCCCCGUGGUUUACAGCCUGGUCUUCGUGCUUGGCCUGGCCGGGAACCUCUCCGUGCUCUGGUACUUCCUGCGCACCCGGACGGCCACCGCCCCGGCCAACAUCUUCCUGGCGAACCUGGCGUCCCUCGACCUGAUCUUCGUGCUGACCCUGCCCUUCCGGGUGGCCUACCACGCCCUGCGCAACGACUGGGUGUUCGGGGAGGCCAUGUGCAAGAUCACUGGCUCCCUCUUCUACGCCAACCUGUACGGCAGCUCUCUCUUCCUCACCUGCAUCUGCCUGGAGCGCUACGUGGCCGUGGUGCACCCGCUGCGCUCGCUCCGUCUGCGCCGGCCCCUCUACCGCGUGGCCAGCUGCCUGGCCGUCUGGGCCCUGCUGGCCGUGGCCGUGCUGUACCUGACGCUGCGGGGCCCCCUGACCCGCCCCUUCCCCGACGGGCGCCUGGCCUGCCUGGAGAACUUCUCCAGCGACUCCUGGAAGGGCCGGAUCUCAGGUGUCAGCCUCUUCGCCGCUGCUGUUGGCUUCCUGGUGCCGCUGGUGCUCAUCGGCGUCUGCUACCCGCUCAUCGCCCGCCGGCUGCUGGAGACGCCGGGGAUGGCGCCCGGCUCACGGGCUGCCCGGCGCAAGGCGCUGCGCACGGUGCUGGUCGUGCUGGUCGUGUUCCUGCUCUGCUUUGCCCCCUACCAUGUCACCCAGGUGGUGCACACCCUGUGGCGCUUGGGGGCGCUGGAGGGCUGCCCGCUCCUCCGCGGCACCUACGCCGCCCGGCGCGUCACCAUGGCCCUGACCAGCCUCAACGCCUGCCUGGACCCGCUGGUCUAUUACUGCGCGGCCGAGCGCUUCGCCUGGAGCCCGCCCUGCAGCGGCCGGUGCUGCUGGGGGCGGCCGGCUGCCUCCGGGGACCCCCAGGGCUCAGGGCUGCAGGCGCUGGACAAUGGGGUCUCUCGGGGGGCCCAGGCCGAGACAGUCACCUCGUCCCACGGCGCCCAUGGAGGGGCCUGAAGGGUCCCCCCGCACUUGGCUCACGGGGACACACCAAUGGACUCCCCCCGCUUGCUGUGCCGUGGACUCUGGGGCCCUGCGUCCCAGCUCUCAGUGUUCCCGCCCCCGGAGCCAGGCUGUUGGGGUCUCAUCUUCUGGAGAAGGGAGGGAUGGUGGACAGUGUUACAUGGGUGUGUAGUAUUACGUGUGCGCACAGUCAUAUGUGUGUGUGAGCGCACAGGCGUGCCAAAGACUGAGGGGUCGGCGUCUCUCCCUUGUUCACGCUGCCGUUUGUCGGGACCAUCGGAUCUCGCCGAAUUGAACGGACGUUGUGUGGCGUGGCCGUGGGCGUGCGUGCGAGGGAGUCCGUGGGUGUGACUGAGUGUUCGCGCCAGGAUGUGAGUCUGUGUGCGUGUGACAGGAGCGUGGGUGUGUGUUUUAUCCUUGUGUACGGCCUAGCGUGCAUCUCCUGGUCUGUGCCACUGUGUGGGGCUGUCCUGUGGGGAAGGAUGAGACUUGGGAGGGUUAGGUGUGCGUGUGUGUCUGUGUGUGAAACAGAGAGAAACCCUGGGCAGGGGACACUGGGGGACGCUGGCGUUUGUGUGUCUUGGGGUGGAGGGAGGCGGCUGUGUAUGUCUGGGGCAGUUGCAGCUAGUUGUGUGUGUGCACGACGCUGUGCGGGUGCUGGCUUGUGUGUGUGUGACGCUGUGCGGGGUGCUGGUGUGUGUGUGAGAGAGAGAUGCUGUGCGGGUGCUGGGUUG